AUGUCUGAUAUCGGAGCAAGUUCGCGUGACAAGUCGCGUCGACACAAAGCCAAUAGUAGACGAGAUAGACGCACAUCUCACUCUCGUUCGCAUCCAAUAGACAGUUCGGGCGAGCCUGGAACGCCUUGUUAUCGAUCAAAUAGGUCUCCUGCUUGUUCGCCUCAUGAUGAAAAUAGGCCGCGUUCUCGUUUACAUUCAAAAAAUAAGUCUGACGACCCUAAGUCACAUUCUUAUCGACGCGGUAGGUCCCGUACUCGUGCGCCUCGAUACAAUGUAGAUAGAUCCCCUUCUCGUUCGCCACCCAGGCGCCACUCGCGUGAUAGAUCUCGGUCACGUCGUUAUUCUAGAGGCAAUUCAUCGCAUAGGUACUAUAGAGAAAGCGACAAACUGCAACACACUUUGAACUCGAUUCUUUCUCGAAUAACUACGCUCGAAAGCGAUCGUGAUACAAAUAGAACGGCAGGAGUUAGGGAUGGUACGCAAACGUUAACGCCAGUGCAGAAUAAUCUAACUGAUUUAGCGUCCCGUGAAAAGUCGAUUGAUUUAAAUGAUCCGUUACUACCCUCAAAUCCAAAUGCAGUUUCCAGUGUCCACCUGCCUGAUAGCAUAGCAAAUGACAGUACUACGAACGAUAACAACCACUUAUCGUUACCAUGCGAAUCAGCCGUAACUGAUUCGACGCGUGCUCUUACGGAAGCAAUUAAAUCACUAGGCACCGUUAGGAACCAAAACUACUUUGUCUCGAAUUUUGACCCUAUGGUAAACGAUAUAGAGGUAUGGUGUGAAGAAGUCGAUAGGGCGAUGCUAACGAACAACUGGGGAGAUGCAGAGUGUUUGUCUCGGGUUUCAGUAUGUCUUAAGGGUGAUGCAUGCACGUGGCUGAACGAAUGGGUGACUCAUGACAGGACCUGGACUAACUUUUGUCGGGAAUUUAAGUCCUUGUGUCCGCGUAGGUUAGACUACGCAAACUUUUUAUAUCAAACUAUGCAAACAAACUCUGAUAAGUAUAGUUCAUAUGCCGAGUAUGCUAGGAGAACCUUAUUACGCCUUAAGAUAGUUAAGGGGCUUAGUGACGAAUUACGAGUACUGAUUGUCAUACGAGGUAUUACAGACGUCCAGGUGAGGGCCGCAGCAACGAACGCUGGGUUAAAUUGUGAUAACCUGGUUAACUUUCUAUCAAUUUAUGUCAAGCCCGCUCACAUUAAGCAUGAUCAACGUAGUCAUCAUCCCAGAAAACCUCCUAAUAAUUAUAAUAAGGUGAAAUGCUUUAAGUGUGGGCGGACAGGGCAUAAAAUUCAAGAGUGUAGGUCUACUAGUGGUAGUUUCGCGCCUAAUCGGGCCCAAACGUCAGCACAUAAUUCAAUUACUAACGGCGCAAGUGUAGUAUGCAAUUUCUGUAAAAAACCGGGCCAUUUAGAAUCAGCUUGUUUCACAAAGGAAAGAUCCAAUUCUCGUAACACUCGGAACGUAAAUCUAUGCGAGAAACCCUCGUUAAUUCGGCAACCUCGAGACUCUGACUUGACCACUGCAGUUGUACAGGGUAUUCCUAUCGAUAUCCUUAUUGAUAGCGCUGCUUUAAACAUCUCACUAAUUUCUAGUGAUGUAUUAAAACAUUUUUCGUGUGAAAGAAAGACUACUCGUUGCACUCUGAAAGGCAUAAGCGACAAGGUAGUCAUAUCUGAUAGUUAUGUAACGCUGACUAUUGAGUUUGACGAGAUUACAAUUGAGGCUGACCUUGUUGUGGUUCCGGGUUCUUGUAUGAGCUCCCCCAUCGUAAUAGGUACUGAUAUCCUUAAUCGCGAUGGUAUAACUUACGUGAGGACAAAGGACAGACAGUACUUGACACGAACAUUAGAGCGCUGUAUACACUCGACAACAUCUCAAAAAUCAGAAGUAAUUAAAACGCCCCUCCUGGGCGUUGAUCGCGAGUUACUUUUAGGGAUAAUUACUGACUUUUCUGACUAUUUGAUUUCGGGUACCGCGUCAAGUAUUGUCACUACCGGAACUAUGCGUAUCGAACUAACCGACAGCACACCUGUUGCUUACCGUCCUUACCGAUUGUCAUAUUCCGAAAAACUAAAAGUUAGAGAAAUAAUUAAAGAUCUAAAGAGUAAAGGUAUCAUUCGCGAUUCAAAAUCACAGUAUGCUAGCCCUAUUAUAUUGGUUAAAAAGAAAGACGGAAGCGACAGGAUGUGUGUCGAUUAUCGGGCCUUAAAUAGACUCACGGUUAGAGAUCGAUACCCUUUACCACGUAUUGACGAUCAAAUCGACAGGCUGGGUAACUUUUAG